CUUUCUCGUGUUUUGCCUCACGCAGGUCGCUCGCUAGUUCAGAUAAUCGGUCCGAAAAUACCGAAAAUUGUUCAACAAAACUAAUCAUGGACAAGUCGUUUGUGCUCGCACGCGUUACGAAGGUCCUGGGUCGUACCGGUUCCCAGGGACAGUGUACCCAGGUGAAGGUUGAGUUCCUGAACGAGCAAAACCGACAGAUCAUCCGCAACGUAAAGGGCCCCGUCCGCGAGGGAGAUAUCCUGACCCUGCUGGAGUCUGAACGUGAGGCAAGAAGACUGCGGUAAAUCUAAUAGGGCCUUGGUUUUGCUUCCACGAAAAGGACAUUCACACCCCCAUCAGGUUAUGUUUUCUACCCGUGUACGCUGGUGAAAUGUUGCAUACGACAACCAUUGGCAAGGGAUUGAUGGGCAGGAAAAAAUGAAUGUAUCCAGCAAAACCAUUAUGCUUGUGGAAGUAAAAUAUAAGAAUUGAAUGCUCUACUAAA